UCAUUGAAGCAGUUCCACAUACAAAGUAUGAGUUUUAAUAUGAAAUCUCUCGUUAUCUGGACUGCCCUUUGGUUGCUUGCUACAUGUCAAGGACUUGAGCCUGACGUAGCUGUAAAGGCAUGUCAACAUCAGUAUUCCUCGGUGCCUUGACAAGGUACCCGACUGCAAAAUAGCACCGUCCUCUCGACCAUCACUCUCCUGGAUGUCACGCCUUCUUUUGUUUCUGUUACCACUACGGACUGUGUACCUUCCACCAUUACUCACACGGAAACGCUCUCUCAUUAUGAAGCUCCACAGUUGACAUACUCCACACGUUACAUUACGGAGAUGAAGAUCAAACAGAAAAAUCGGGCAUACACUUAUUCCAGCUAUCAGCCUCAAACCAUCACCAUUACAUAUUGGGCUACCGAUGUUCAAAAGCACGUGACGCGCGUUGUACGGACAACGACGACCACGACUGUAUCGACAGUAUCUGUCGUGAACACUGUGUCCACCUCGAUUACAACCACUGCAACAUAUACUCAACUUGAUGUGUUCAGCUCCAUCACAUACUUACCGGUGCAUGUGACUACGACCAUGACUAACGCCUGGCCGAUCCUCAAGACAGUUUACCACACAGACUACAUUAAAGAGGCUGUUCAAUAUGUGACAACGGUUAUGGAGACAUCGACAGUCUAUCAUUGCAAUGACGGUUAUGGUUUUUAAUCAAGGA